AUUACAAAACCAACUGUACACUUGUCAUUUUCUUGUCAAACUUGGUCCGUAGUGCGAAAGCCAUCUCGCCACGCAUUUCGGCAAAUAAUUUAUACGAAAUGGCAGAAUCAGCGACGGAGAACCUUAUAAACAUUGAAGAAGCAGUUAAGGAAACCGUAAAAAAUGUUACAGACAAGCCACCGACAAGUAUUGAAGGUAUUGCGAUUGCAUACCUGAGUUUAGUGAUUAUGGCUGUAUUACCGAUAUUCUUCGGAGCUUUUCGAUCAGUAAAAUACCUGAAAGAGCAAAAGGAAUCUGGCGAGCGACAUGAGACAAUGUCGAAUAAGGAUGCGCUGAUGUUCCCGCUGAUCGCGUCAGCGGCGCUGUUUGGGUUGUACAUCUUCUUCCAGUUCUUCUCCAAGGAGUACAUCAACCUUCUGCUCACUGGAUACUUCUUCUUCCUAGGAGUUCUUGCCUUGAGCCAUCUUCUUAGCCCGAUAAUCUCGUUCAUGGUGCCGGCGUGUAUCCCGAACGUGUCGUACCACAUCCACUUCACGCGCGGCGAGGACGACACGCGCUCCGACAUCGUCAACUACAAGUUCACUUCCUACGACAUCAUCUGUAUAUUCAUCUCACUCGCCAUGGGCGGCUGGUACAUACUUAAGAAGCACUGGAUCGCCAACAACCUGUUCGGCAUCGCGUUCGCUGUGAACGGCGUGGAACUGCUUCACUUGAACAACGUGGUCACCGGCUGCAUCCUGCUGUGCGGACUGUUCAUCUACGACAUCUUCUGGGUCUUCGGCACCAACGUCAUGGUCACCGUCGCCAAAUCCUUCGAAGCUCCCAUCAAACUGGUGUUCCCACAAGACUUGCUGGUGAAUGGCCUGGACGCGAGCAACUUCGCGAUGUUGGGUCUGGGCGACAUCGUGGUGCCCGGCAUCUUCAUCGCGCUGCUGCUGCGCUUCGACAAGAGCCUCAAGCGAAACAGCGAGUUCUACUUCAGGGCGACGUUCACGGCGUACGUGGUGGGCCUGCUGGCGACGAUCCUGGUGAUGCACGUGUUCAAGCACGCCCAGCCCGCGCUGCUGUACCUGGUCCCCGCCUGCCUCGCCACGCCGCUCUGUCUCGCGCUACUGCGCGGCGACAUCAACGCUCUCUUCAACUACGAAGAUCAACCGGCGAUAAUACCGGCCGGUGAGGACACGAGCAAGUCAAAAAAGACUGAAUAGACACUGAGUAUGCCACGUCCAGAGCACAAACAACAAGCACACCGGUACCGUUUAAGUACAUUCAUAUUUAUCACGCGACAAUGGCGGGCCAUGGCGUGACGUCACCCCCCAAUCGUGACCAGGUUUGACGACAGGACCCUUUACAGACCACGCGGUACCCGUGUUGAUAUCUUCUAUUUUAAGUUAUUGUCCAAUCUCUAAAGUUAACCAUGUCAUUUAUUAACAAUCUUUAUUUCCUAAUAUUAUGUUUGUAAUCGUUACAAAAACGCUUUCAAUCCAUUGGUAACUUAUCAAUGUACACGCACCGCGGUCUAUAAACGGUCCUGCAUCCGUGAAGUCCUAUCAAUGUACGUAAAUGUUGCUAUUGUAAAAAAUAAAUAAAUGAAAGGGUAAUUUAAUUAGACUUCCGUCGUAUCUUCCAUUGGUAUAUCGAAGUUUUCAACAUAAAUGUCUAUAAAAUAUUCAGACGAUGACGUCAGGUAAAUGUGUAACUAGUAAUAAUAAUAUUUAUACUUACGCGUCACAAAAUAUUCGUGUAAAUUGUAUGUGUUAGGUGUAUGAAAGAUUGUUAACGUCAUACAAACCUAGAGCAUUUACUUACAUACAAAUCAUUAAAGUUUAUUUUGGAAAAAUAAAUUGAAGAACAAACAAUGUCGUGGAGAGUGCAUGGCGCGAUGUAUUGCGUUGGGUAGUGGGGCGCUCGUCCCCGAGUUUAGCAAUCAAUUGUAAGAACUGCGAACAUUCCAACUACCGCCUGAUCUCAUCGUCCUUUCACA